AUGCCGACGACUAUUUUAAAAAUAACCUUGUUCCCCCUGAUUGACUCUAUCUUUUCUGUCCAACUCUCGCCUGUUCGCAUUGCCAUGCUUACCCUCUCUAAAGUACUUCCUGUGCUAGCUCUCAGCCAUGCUGUCGCGGCGGCUCCUCAGUUGUCUGCGCGGGCUACUGCCAGCUUAAAUACCUGGUUAUCUACCGAGGCUAGCUUUGCUCUGGAUGGCAUUCUCACCAAUAUUGGCGCAAAUGGCGCUUAUGCAAAGACCGCCAAGGCUGGAGCAGACUACUAUACCUGGACACGAGAUGCCGCUCUGACCGUGAAAGUCCUUGUCGACCUGUUUCACAACGGCGAUCUGAGCCUACAGACUAUUCUUGAAGAAUAUACCAACUCUCAGGCAUAUUUGCAGACCGUCUCAAACCCAUCUGGUGGUCUGGCGAGUGGAGGGCUUGCAGAGCCCAAGUUCUAUGUUGAUAUGACCGCCUUUACCGGCUCCUGGGGUCGUCCUCAGCGAGAUGGCCCGGCCCUGCGCGCUACUACCCUUAUAGGUUUCGGCAACUGGUUGAUUGAUAACGGCUACUCCAGCUAUGCUAGUAACAAUAUCUGGCCUAUUGUGCGCAACGACUUGACCUACGUUGCUCAGUAUUGGAGCAAGAGCGGCUAUGAUCUAUGGGAAGAGGUGAACUCUAUGUCCUUCUUCACCGUCGCCGUGCAGCAUCGUGCGCUCGUUGAGGGGAGCACUUUUGCCCACAGAGUAGGAGCCUCCUGUCCAUGGUGUGAUUCACAGGCCCCUCAGAUCCUCUGCUACAUGCAGAAUUUCUGGACAGGCUCAUAUAUUAAUGCCAAUACCGGUGGUGGCCGAUCUGGCAAGGACGCCAACACCGUCCUGGCCAGCAUUCACACCUUCGACCCCGACGCUGCUUGCGAUGAUAUCACUUUCCAACCCUGCUCCUCUCGUGCCCUCGCCAACCACAAGGUAUACACUGACUCGUUCCGCUCCGUGUACUCGCUCAAUACAGGCAUCGCACAGGGCGUUGCUGUUGCAGCCGGUCGCUAUCCUGAAGAUUCAUACUACAAUGGUAACCCCUGGUUUUUGACAACCCUCGCCGCAGCCGAGCAGCUCUACGAUGCCAUCUACCAGUGGCAGAAGGCUAGGUCCAUCUCGAUCACGAGCACCUCUCUCGCUUUUUUUAAGGACAUCUACAGCUCGGCCGCCGUAGGCACUUACGCCUCGGGGAGCUCCGCGUUCACGGCCAUCAUCGACGCAGUCAAGACGUACGCCGAUGGCUACGUGAGCAUCGUCAAGGCCCACGCCAUGGCUAACGGCUCCCUUUCUGAACAAUUCGACAAGACAUACGGCACCUGCGUAUCCGCGCGCGAUCUGACCUGGUCGUACGCUGCUCUCCUGACGGCCAGCAUGCGCCGUAACGGCGUCGUCCCUCCCUCAUGGGACGCCGCCUCUGCAAACACCCUCCCCUCAUCUUGUUCCACGGGCUCUGCAACUGGAACUUACAGUACCGCGACCGUCACAACCUGGCCUAGCACCCUGACCAGCGGGUCGGCUAGCGCGACCACGACCAUCAUGGCUACGUCGACUGCCACCAGCAGCAGCACUACCACCAGCACCACCACCGCCUGUACAACACCAAGCACCGUUGCCGUGACUUUCAAUGUGAUCGCCACAACUACCUACGGUGAAAAUGUGUACAUAGUAGGCUCCAUCUCCCAGCUGGGAAACUGGGAUACCGGCAGUGCCGUUGCCCUCAGCGCCUCUAAGAACACCUCCUCCAACAACCUCUGGUAUGUGGACAUCAAUCUCCCGGGCGGGACGGCGUUUGAGUACAAGUACAUCCGCAAGGAGACGGACGGCUCGAUCGUUUGGGAAAGUGACCCUAAUCGCUCGUACACUGUGCCUUCAAGCUGUGGAGUGUCAACGGCUACUGAGAGUGACACUUGGCGUUGUACACUAGAGACGCAGAGUGUACGAAAUUGA